AUUAUGAUAAUAUAAAAACAAUGAUGUUAGGUAUAUGUCCUCAAAACAUUAGCUCACAGUAACAACAAUAUGUUAUAAUUUAUGGUUCAACAAUGUAAUUGUAUUGCAAUAUAUCUUGUACAUAACAUUUACAUUGUUGAGUGGAAAAUUAUAACGUUUAAUGUAUAUUACUGUUCGCUAGUAUUUUGUGGGGAUAUAUUUUUUUUAUAUUAUCAUAAUCGUUUCCAUUUUCUUGUACUUCAAUCAAUGAUAAUCAUGUUAACAAUUACGUAACUAAAAAUUAAUUUUCCAAAAUAUUGUAAAUUUAUGUAUAUUUCUUGUUCCAAAUAUGAGUGCAAUGUUUGUGAUAUAUAAUUAUCAUAUUACAUUUAUUUAUGAAGAUACAUCACAAACAGUUUUGAUGAAUAAAAGGACAUCAAAGACCACAAGAAGUGUCAACAAUAUAAUUGCGAACAGAUGCAAUUGUUGUCCUUGCAUAAACAAGAUAAAUAGGAAAUUGGAUAUAAUAAUACAGCAUAUAUUACAGUCAAAAAAUAGAAACGAAGGAAAUAAUAAUGCUCAAUUGGAAAAUGUUGAAUUUUGCCAAUUAAAAACAAAAGAAGAAUUUGAUGCAUUAGAAAAAUCACUUGCGGAGGAUGCAAAGAAACGAGAACAAUUAAAAACUUUUAUAAGGCAAGAAGGUGGAAAAGACGCUGGAGACCAUAUAAGAGAACCGAUGAAGAGAAUAAUGACAGAUCUCUUAGCUGUGCAAUAUUCUUGGAGCGGACAAAAGACUACUAUCCGGUUUAAAGAUUCAUUUACUUCAAAACUUAUUCUGAGUAAGUCGUAAAAAACUAUAACAUUCAUACAUACAUUUUAUUUAAUUAUAUAUGUAAAAUUGAACAAAUUUUGCGUAUAAUACAUAUAUACAUAUUCCAAAAUUAUAAUUAUGAAAUUUUUGUUAUUUCUUCAAC